UUUCUCAGUAAGGAAACAAGAUACCCUCAGGUCUAGUUAGGCACAUUGAGCUGCUUGUCUCAGACAAUAGCUUCUGAGAAGUAUAGGGUGCUGCUUUUCAGUAAAUAGCCAUGGCUGUUGGACGACUUUUUUGGGUUUCUUGCAUUUCUUUUUUGCUGUUUGAUGACAGUGCUGGAUUACCGUCUAUGAAAGGCUAUGGUUAUCCAUAUAAAGCUGACUUGCGUAACAUGGGUGAUGCUAAAGAAGAUGAAGUAGAGACUGGGCAGGCUUCAGAUGACCAACCGACUGGCCCUGUUUACACAAGCUACAACAAACUUUCAGUUGCACAAUGGCCAGGUUUGUUUCCAUCUCGCCAAAACCUGCCCAACAGACCAAGUGCUUCUGCAGCAGACAAACUAGUUAAUGGUGGGUCCAGCCACUUCGUGUUUGAAAACCUUAAAUCACGCUUGUUCCCUUUAAGCCCCAACCAGGCGAGUAAUCCAGCCAAGCCUUGGCCAGGCCCUGCUUCUACAAACCGUAUGCCUCCCUCUACAGCUGGUGGCUCUUCUCUUUAUGUUAGUCAAACUGCCAACUACGAGCCCACCCUGUCCGCCUCUCAGGCCGCAAAGUUUCCCAGCUUUGACUCUUGGAAGCCUCAGCCGGAUGGCAGUGAUUAUGGUGUGGUUGACGACUCUGGUUUUGGUUCCCCAAACUUUAACUCUGGCUCCAGUAGAGGUGGUGUGAGUAACAUUCCUCAUCUUGUAUAUGAGGAAGUCUUUCAAUAUCCAUCGGAGUAUACUGGGCCUUCCAAUACUGCAGGAGGGUAUAGCCAAGCUAAUUACAUGAGCAAGGGGUUUUCAACUGGAAAUGCUGCCUCACUAGGCGGACCCUCAUUCCCCUGGAAUCCAACUAAUGUAGGUGCCCAAAUGGGCUUGAAGGGUUUUUGGCUUCCACAAAAACCAGUUGUCGGCACUCAAAACGCUGUGGUUAACCGCAGAGUGAGUCAAACGAUCCUACCGCCUUCAAGCUAUAGGAAGUCCAGUAAUGGCUACCAGACAGCCAGGUACAUGCCAGCAUUUCCCAAUCCAAUGCCUGUAAGCUCAAAGGGUGUCCAGGGUCAACCAGCUGCCCCAAAAGAUGUAUAACCCUCAAAGGGUCAAAUGGUUACCAACACUGUGUCCUAAGUUGCAGAAUGAUGUGCCCUCGAAGAAAAAUAAAACUUUAAAAU